AUGGGUAAAGAGUUCCAAGAAUACUUAAACUGCUCUCAAAUUUACGCAUGUGAAGUCUGCAAAGCCCAUUUGACUUCUCAAAGCCAGUUGAUUUCUAAAACUUUUUCAGGGAGAUUCGGCAGAGCUUUUUUAUUCAAAACAGUAAUCAACAGCAAGCUUGGAAAUCCUGAAGAAAAAAUUUUAUUAUCAGGGCUUUAUAUAGUUCGGGACUUAUUCUGCAAAUCGUGCGACCUUCUAAUCGGCUGAAAGUACGACAAAGCUUACGAAGAGAGUCAAAAAUAUAAGGAAGGGAAAUUUAUAUUGGAAAGAAAUCAAAUCAUUAAACUCGAAUGGGACACAUAA